UGCUGAUUUGCAAAUAUAUAUUUUUUGAAUUGACAGAAAACUAGUAUGACCUCCAUACCCAGGAUGCACUUCGCUCUUGCCAUCUUGUCGAGUGGUUGGGUUAGAAGAGGGGCAGGCAAUAGUUAGCUACCUGUUAGCUUACUGCUGCCUUGGAGUAGUGGUUAUCUGUCAGCUAGCUGCUAGUAGCAGCUGCCAAAAGUGAGCUGGCCACACGGCAAGAGGCAGAACUUCACCGACUUUAAGACGUUGUCUCUGUCUACCGCUGGGUUAUAUAUUCGUUUUGAAAAGCCAGUGUGUUUGUUUACAUCAUGAUGUCGCACAUGCUGGUACCGAGGUAGAAGAAAGUAGCUAACAUCAGCUAACUCAGCUAGUCGGCGAGAAAUACAUAGAUAGCUGAGAGAGAAGAGUGGGCUACGAGACCGGGCCCGCCUCAGACUAAAGUACCGGUGGCAGCUGCUGAACAAGAACUUUGAUAAGGGCCUGUUUGCAACUCCGCUGCCGGGACACAAGGAAGGCCGACCGGUUGCCAGAGAGGCCGGAGUAGAAGAACAACAGUCGCCCGUGUAUUGUGAACGGACAUCGCGGAACGUUUGAGGAGUUUCUCAGGGUCUGGCCCCGGUUGUGACACUUUUUCCCGACAAGGGAGAGGAGGGGGAACGGUAUGGAAAUGUCCUGUAUUGGUACGUGUCUUUGUCAUAUCCCUCAGCUGUGAAUUACUUCGUAAGACUUUAGUCCAGCACUUCGUUUCAUCUGGGAGCAGACAGUAUUGACGCAGAUAGUCAACAUGUCGAAAAUGCCCGCUAAGAAGAAAAGUUGCUUCCAGAUUACGAGUGUAACGCAGGCUCAGGUGGCGGCCAGCAGCAUCACCGACGACACGGAGAGCCUGGACGAUCCGGACGAGUCCCGGACAGAGGACGUGUCAUCGGAAAUAUUUGACGUUUCUCGGGCCGACUUGGGGGUGUGUGAAAGGAGUUCAUCCGAUGAAACCAUAAACAACGUAGGAGAGACUCAGGAGGGCCACCAGCCUGCCACGGGUCCUGUCAACGGGGGACUGUCUUAUAAAAGUAUAGGCACUGGUCGUGUCACUCCGCAUAAUUUAGGAGGAAGUGUGCUUGUGCCAGCUACAGCUCAACCUUUUGUUGCAAGCUCAGCCACCCAUUCGUUGACAGUCAUCAAUUCGACCCCUGCUGUCACCGUCUCUAGCAGUGUUGCUCACACUGCUCCUGUGGGCACCAGCUGUAGUUCUCGUUUCAGGGUCAUUAAACUUGACCAUGGUACUGGAGAGCCCUUCAGACGGGGCCGGUGGACGUGCACUGAGUUCUAUGAGAGAGAUUCAGAUUCAAAUGUCAAUCGAACUGUGGAUAGCAUAAAACCAACUGUAACCCUUGAUCACAGUAUAGACAGGGACAGUGGUCUUGGGGCUACCAUUAACUCUGCGCUCACUAGCAGUGCUUUUUCUGCACAGGCUUUGGAGAACACUGUGGACAGUGGUUAUUCCGUCGGACACCCCGCCCACCCUCCCUCUUCAGAGCCUCUACAAGGCUACAGCUUGGCUCCUCAGAUAGGCAGUGGGGCAAGUGCCUUCCAGCCCACAGGGUAUACAACUACAGCAUCACAGCAGCCACAACAGGCUCAAGUCAAUAUGCAGCCCGUUGCUCCCCAAACCUUCCUCUCUAACAGCCUCAAUGGUGUGCACCAAGGUGCCAUGCAGCAGAUGUCUCCCAUUAUGCCUCCUGCCACGCAGGCCCAGCAAUUUGCCUAUUCUACUCAUCCCACUGGCCUCUCAGCUGGCCAGCCGGAAUAUCGUCAACAGCACUUUGGCUCAAGCACUCAGAACCCUCCCAUGUCCACCCUCCCCAUGGGGCCUCCAACCAGCCAAGUACCCUCGCCUCUAAUCACCAGUGCUGGUCCAGGAGCCCAGGGUCUGGGCGGAGAGGCAGGCUCGGCACAGGGCCUCAAGCUUCAAGUUGGUAAUGCACAAGCCAUGACCCCCAACCUUCCAGGAAGUGGCCAACAGCAGCAUGUCAGCCAGACGCAGCCUUCAGGUGGCGUAGGCAUCACCCUUGCACCUUCCGUCACCACCACCACCUCCCACAGCGGUGUCCAACACACCCCGGCCACAGUGCCCAGUACCACCAACACCCCUGCUGGUGGAGCCCAUGGAGUAACCGCGACAGGCCAUCCCUCGGGCUUCAUUAACCAGACAGAAGAUAAUAGGCAGAAGUCUGAUGCCCUACCUCAGCUCAGUGCCGGUGUGGUGCCAGGGAAAGAUGUUGUAAAGCCUUUCAUCAGCGAGGGCCUCAGCCUGCCCACUCCUGCUGUCAACAGCCUGUUUGGCAUCCAUAUCGCCAUGAAUGUGGAUGAAGACAGGAACCCGUCCACUGCUUUCUACCAGGCUUUCCGGCCUAGCAGAUUACGAGGGUCAAAGCCUGUCAACGAUAGUGCAUCCGGUGCCAGUGUCGUCGCCAUCGAUAACAAGAUUGAGCAGGCAAUGGAUUUGGUGAAGAGCCAUCUGAUGUAUGCUGUUCGCGAGGAGGUGGAGGUGUUGAAGGAGCACAUCAAGGAGCUGUACGAGAGGAACUCGGUAUUGGAGCGCGAGAACGCUGUGCUGAAGUCGCUUGCCAGCUCGGAGCAGCUCGGCCAGCUGUCCAGUCAGCUCACCCAGGGCAGCAGCAGCAGUGCUUCACCACCACUGCAGCAGCAGCAGCAGCAACAACAACACCCGCUUGUCACAAACAACAACAACAACAACCCCUCGGUGCACCACGAGGGGAGUCAGAGUGUUCCUCAUCAGCCCAACAUCACAUCGGCGUGAUCCCCCUUCCCCCAGUACAAAAACUUAAACACACACCACCCACCGACAGGAGUGGAACAACCUGUUAGAAAAGACAACAACUGCUACCGUCCCCUUAGCUCCAUAAAGCAAAAGGCUCAGCUCUGCGUUCAGUAAUGCUCCGUUUGAGGAAAAAUCAACAACAGCGACACCCUUGUUUGCCACCAAGAGCCAUGCGUCUGUGUGUGCACGUUGCCGUCACCGGGCCUUCACGUUAUUAAGACAUUUACCACCCCUCAGAGUCUUAUUCUGUCCCUGUGGUUGGCUGCCAGAAGCUGAACGAGGAGGAGGAGCAGGAGCUGCACACCCUAAAAUUGCAUGCUGUUCUUGUGCUGGAGACGGGGGUCAAAGGGCACAGAGAGCUCAAUUUGUUGGGGGCAACAAGUGGCGGAAGAGGGCAGCGCGACCCUGUGAGAGGCCUGAUGAGGAUCCUGAAACACUCAGCAGGGACUGUCCUCCUGGUAUCCCCACCCUGCAUCACUCCCUGGCGCAGAAGAGGCCCGAGAACCGAGGGGGUGGGGAGUUUGGGGAGAAUAUUCGUCCUUCCCGAGGAGGACGCCAGCAGUCGCCUCGGUUUGAGUGGAGUGGAGUCGAGAGCCUCGGCUUGUUAUAUGCUGCAAAAGCUUGUCUUGUUUUCUCAGAGCCACCGUACUUUGACAUGAAUCAUAAUACUUUUCAUUAGUUCAGUUUUAGUAUUUGCAUUUAUUUAUUUCAGGGCUGCUAUUUACAUAAUGUAAAUGAACAAUGUCAUCGAGAUGCUUAUUAAAAACAAAAAAGAAACCUUUCUCUUUGGUCUUUCGGUAUUUUAGAAUCUGUCAGGUAUUAAAUUUGGUAGACUCUUCCAACAAAGUAGAUCUCAGUAAGUAGGCAAUAAGUUCCAUAACAGAAUUUUUUUUUUCUUGUCAUGAAAUAGUGCUAACACUAAAGCCGAGCUUACAUUAGGAGAAAUCCAGGUUGAAUGUAUAUUUUGUAAAGUGUAAGUAUUAAAAGCGAGGAGGGUUUGUAAAGGAGGCCUGUUGAUAAGAUGUGAUGGGAUGUUUUGAUAAAGAAAACUCUUCAUUUACUCUUUUUUUUUUUUUUUUUUUUUUAAAAUAAGACUUUCUUUGUCAAAACAAAAAAAAAUCAUUCGGGGGUCUGGUUUGGGGAUGAAAAGCUGUGAAAAUUGUUCGACCUACUUUAUAACCAAAGACACAAAGCUGUGUAAGUCUUUUUUUUUUCCAUUUUUAAAUGCACACUCAUACUUUUUUUCUACUCUCUCCUUCCCUAUAUAUUUUUUUUUUUUGUCGCUGUUUUGCAUGUUCUGCAUGAUCUAUACUCGAACCACUUUCUUACCUCAUGGUUUUAUCUAGCACUCUUUAUUUUUCUCUCAAGUUGUCAGUCUGUGAAUGAUUUUGAAAGGAUUUGUGAAAGAGAAAGGGAACAAUGGAAAGAGAAUGCGGAGUAAAUAGUCAAAAGGGUAAGAAUUAAAAAAAUCAAAAGAAUGGAAAGGUGUUUGUGUCGGAGGGAGGCAAGGGCUUUGUCAGCAGUCAGAUAAGGAGCCAUCUUAUUUUUUUGUUUGUUUGUUUUCACAUGCAGAGAAAAGAUUUUGUUACAUUGCAGAUUUUAAUGUAUUUAAUGAAUGCAGCAUUUAGAUUUCGAUUGUAGUGUACCAGCACUUGGCUUACAAAGACAAAAAAAAAAACAACAAAAAACAAAACUAAACAACAUUAUCUGCAGCAAAACAAAACAAUGGAAACUAUUAAACUUUUCACACUUCCGGUUCAUUGUGAGCAUAUUAUGGGAUGCCCCGUCUGUGUCACGUCUUUUGUGCCUCCUGUGCCGUCGUCAGGCGACCCGGUUUCUUUCUCUGUGGCUUAGAACCAAACCAAAAUGCUUGGUAAUUGUACAAUCAGUCAUCUUUCUACAGGAUGGACUCCUUGAUUUUUUUUUUUUGUCAUUGCAAAUGGGCUUAUUUCUUUCUUAGAGUAUUUUUCUUCCUUUUUUCUUUCAUUUGAAGGAGAUGCCGUGUACAUGCCAAGUGUACUGUAUGAAAGUGAUCACUGAGCCUUGGAGAAAAUAUCUUAACAAUGCCCUUGUAAUGUGCUGUUCAGACAAUUUUAGUUUUCAGUCAAAAAUAAAUUACUGUUUUACUAAGA